AUGGAAGAACUACUGCUGGAAUACGAAAAAGAAGAUGCCUUCAACCUGAAGGAAAUCGAAAAGAAAUAUGCCAACGGCGAGUAUCGAAACCAACAACAGGUUUCCAAGUCCAUUUCCAAGUUUGCAGAUGCCCUUCUUCGCUGUACCUUUCUCUUUGAAGACAAUAAUGAUGCAGGUGAAGAAUUCAAAGAAGGCGAUAGUGAUGUCAAUGCUGAAUGGCUUUUGAAUAUUUGCAGUCAAGUUCCUUCCGAACUCGGCAACGAACAAUUGGCUGUGGCCGUCUGGGAUGCCAGCAAGCUAGAGGGAGAAGGAAAUCAACAGGACGCACUAUUUGCUGCGUUGGGUGCUUCGGAAGAAGCCGUCGCUAUCUUGUUUGAGAUUGUUCCUAAACUGCCGGCAAUCCAACGCAACAUUCGGAGGUCUCAACUUGGCGGCAACGGAAAUGCCCAAGCAUCGCCCUUCUUUGUACCACCGGAAGACAUCCUUGACGAAGCCGAAUUGAAUCGUCAAAAGCUUCGACAGGAAGCCUUGGAUGCCGCCCAAGUAGCCGCCAUUACAAAGGCAGAAGCGGAGGCUGCUCUCGGACCGUCCCGCUUUGGAUCCACGCACACCAUUCGUCGAACCAGUGACAUGAAGGAGCAGAAGAUGGCCCAAAAAGCAGCCAAACGGGCUGCUCAAGCUAUGCAGCGCGCCAAAGCAGCCGGAGCAAUUAUUGAAGAAUCGGAAUUGUUGGCUGUCAGCAAUGCGGGUGUGGUGGGUGCUGGUGGAUUGAUGGGGCAUACCGACGCGGAUUUGCAAGCCUUGCAAGACUCUCUCCAGCCCGAAGGCUCCCGCUAUUAUCACAAGGAAGAAGGACUUCCGAGUGGAACCAUUCGUGAGGACGACGAUGUGAUUGGAUAUGAAAAGGUCACCAUUCCACCUCCCAUUCUGGACAAGUCUAAACUUCAUCCAAGAUUGUCGAUUGACGACAUUCUUGAUCCAGACUGUGCCCUUGCAUUCAGUGGCACUACUACACUCAAUCCAAUGCAAUCAACAGUGUUUGAUACAGCCUUCAACAGAAGAGAGAAUAUGUUGGUGUGCGCGCCCACGGGUGCAGGUAAAACAAAUGUGGCCAUGUUGACAGUGACAGCACACUUUCGAGAUGUCGGCUUGAUUGAUGGAAACAAUGGCCGAGACAUGGAUACAGGAGACAAGGUUGUCUACAUCGCCCCGAUGAAAGCGUUAGCGCAAGAGGUCGUGGAAAAGUUUUCAUCCAAACUGAAACCACUCGGACUCAUUGUGCGAGAAUUGACAGGAGAUAUGCAACUCACCAAAGCGGAAGCCAAUUCCGCCAAUGUCAUUGUCACGACGCCAGAAAAAUGGGAUGUUGUCACAAGAAAGUCGGGAAGUGACGAAAACGCUUUGGGGAAUCAGUGUGGUCUACUCAUCUUUGAUGAAAUCCACUUGUUGGCAGAUGAGAGUCGAGGGUCAGUUAUCGAGUCUGUUAUUUCGCGGCUCCACCGACUUGUGGAAAGCAGACAAAAGCAACUUCGAAUCGUUGGCUUGUCAGCUACCCUGCCAAAUUAUGAGGAUGUCGCAGAAUUUUUGCAUGUGCCCGAAAGGGGUCUCUUUUACUUUGGUCCAGAAUAUCGACCUGUCCCAUUGCAACAAACCUUUGUUGGUGUCACUGGCAACAUCAAGAAUCGAAAACUGAUUGAAGACAAGAUGAACGACGUUUGCUAUGAGGAAGUCAAGGACGCACUUUCGAGGGGCUACCAAGUCAUGGUGUUUGUGCAUUCUAGAAAGGGAACGAGUGAUACUGCGACGGCUUUGACCCAGCGAGCUUCCGCCAAGGGAGAGCUGGACCGCUAUUUCGUAACUCAAGGAAAAGAGGGUCGUUCUGGAGACGCUUACAAGCGCUACGCGGACAGAGCCAAGAAAGCCAGAAGCAGAGAAGUUACGAAUCAUUUCUACAAUGGAAUUGGAAUUCAUCAUGCUGGCUUGCUUCGGCCGGAUCGGAAGUUGACCGAGACAAUGUUUGCAGACGGGGCCAUCAAGGUUUUAUGCUGCACGGCGACUCUGGCGUGGGGAGUCAAUCUUCCAGCACACAAUGUCAUCAUCAAGGGUACCGAUGUCUACAAUCCUGAGAAGGGAAAAAAUAUUGACCUCAGUAUUUUGGAUGUCCAACAAAUUUUUGGGCGGGCUGGUCGACCGCAGUACGACACCACGGGAGAAGCCAUGCUCAUUACGAAUCACCAGGCAGUAGGUCGAUACUUGGACAAACUGGUUAGAUCGGUUCCAAUUGAGUCUUCGUUCAUCAAACAGCUUUCUGACCACCUUAAUGCGGAGAUUGUUGGGGGAACAGUGACGAACCUAAAUGAGGCUGUUGCUUGGCUCCGCUACACAUAUCUUUCAAUCCGAAUGAAGAAGAACCCACUGGCUUAUGGUAUCAGUGCUGAUAAGUUUGCUGACGAUCCAGGACUUCGUUCCCAUUUUAUGGAACUAGUGCGAAACGCAGCAACUUAUCUGUCUACUAAUCGAAUGGUCAAUUUCGAUCCUCAAUCUGGGAAUCUGGGGAUGACUACACUUGGAAGAGUGGCUGCCCACUUCUACAUUCAAGGAGAAAGCGUUGUGAUUUUCAACGAAUCCAUGGAAUUGAAACCUUUUCCCACAGAUGCAGAUUUGUUAAUGUUGGUUGCGUCAGCAACAGAGUUCGAAAACGUUCGAGUUCGUCCAGAGGAACAAGACGAGCUAGACAACUUGCAGCAGAAGUGCCCGUUGGAACUGGAGGGUCCAAUCAAUGAUUCGGUCACCAAAACAUUUGUCCUUCUCCAAAUGUUUAUUUCGCGGAAUCGACCCAAGGGUUUCACUUUGAUAUCUGAUACAAACUACAUCGCCUCCAACGCGGCUCGCGUGUCCAGGGCCAUUUUUGAAAUGUGUCUCCAUACCAACCAAGCGGGGACUGCUAUCAAGAUGUGCCGCAUUGCAAAGAGUAUUGACAAUCAAUUUUGGUGGUUUCAGACUCCCCUCAGAUAUUUCGAUCGCGAAGUUGGGGACACCGCAAUCAAGGCUCUCGAAAGUCGACACCACGGAAGAACUAUGAACUACGGAACCCUUGACUCUACGUUGGAAUUGCUAGACAUGACCCCAGAAGAGGUCGGUCAGAUAUGUCGCUCCAAGAAGGCGUUUGGCCAGAAGAUUCAGCGAAUGAUUGAAUUCAUUCCAAAUCCGGUGGUUUCUUGUCGGGUUCUUCCUGUCACGCAGCACGUUCUCCGAUUUCAAGUGGAAAUUGUUCCCGAGUUUGAAUGGCACGGAAGGUGGCAUGGCGGAGCAGUCUCGUUCUGGUUUUGGGUAGAAGGGUCGGAAAACCAACGAAUUUAUCAUCAAGAACACGUUGUGUUCACCAAAAGGACCUUUCCCGAACCAAUCAAGCUUGAUAUCCCCAUUCCUGCAUUCCAGGGUCCUGGAAACCAAUACUUAUUGAGGCUAAUCUCUGAAACUUGGGUUGGAGUCGAGAUCACGCAGCCCAUAUCUAUUGACGAGAUUCGCAUGCCACAGCAAGAUACGGUCUAUACUGACUUAUUCGAUCUCACUCCGCUGCCCACAACAGCGCUGCAAGAUGAGCGAUACGAGAAGUUGUUUUCGCGAAUUGAAACUUUCAACCCUGUCCAGACACAGCUAUUUCAUACUCUGUACCAUACCAACAUUCCAAUCUUUCUAGGGGCUCCAACUGGAAGUGGGAAAACAGUCAUUGCGGAGCUUGCACUGCUAAGAAUGAAGAAACUGCACACGGAUGGUAUUUGUAUCUACAUCGCGCCAUUGAAGUCAUUGGCUCGCGAAAGAUUGAAGGAAUGGCGAGCGAGAUUUGGGGAGUCGUCAAUGAAUUGGAACGUCUUGGAAUUGUCUGGUGACACGCAUCACGACCAGAAGGCGUUGGCCAAUGCUGAUGUUUUGGUAUGUACACCUGAAAAAUGGGACCUGAUUUCGAGGAAUUGGAGGGGUGGGAUUGGAGCUAGCAAAGCCUUCAUCAAGCGUGUUCGCUUGUUGAUCAUCGAUGAAAUCCAUCUCCUAGGAGAGGAAAGAGGCGCUGUGCUUGAAGCCAUCGUUAGCCGCACAAGAUUCAUUUCCAAGUUUUUGCAGAAUCAAAACAAAUCUAAUGGCAAUGGCGGAGAUUCGGGUCCAUAUGAGACCGUUCGAAUCGUAGGUCUUUCGACUGCAAUUGCAAAUCCUCAAGACUUGUCACAUUGGAUUGGGAUUGAUGUUGAUAGCAUUAGUCGCACAGCGAGGCAUGGCCUUUACAACUUCAGGUCAGCUAUCCGACCGGUACAAACAAAGAUUCAUAUCCAAGGUUACCCAGGGAAGCAUUACUGUCCAAGAAUGGCAUCUAUGAAUAAGCCUUGCUACGCAGCAAUCAAGCAGCAUGCACCAGAUCGACCGUCCCUCAUUUUCGUUGCUUCUCGUCGCCAGACGAGAUUGACAGCAUUUGACCUCAUCAGCUAUGCUGCUAGUGAAGGAAAUCCGAAGAUGUUCCUUGGCUGUAGCGAUCUGAUGAUAGAAUCAGUUGUCGAAAACAUUCAGGACGAAGCACUGAGACAUACUCUUGCAUUUGGAAUCGGACUGCAUCAUGCUGGACUAGUAUCAAGUGAUAGAGAUGUUGUUGAACGGAUGUAUUUGACGGGAGAUAUUCGGGUUCUAGUAGCCACGGCAACGCUAGCUUGGGGUGUGAAUCUUCCGGCGCGGCUCGUCAUUGUCAAGGGGACUGAGUUUUACGAUGGUAAAGUCUCAAGAUACGUUGACUACCCAUUGACAGAUGUCCUGCAAAUGAUUGGACGAGCAGGUCGACCAGGAUUUGACACUGAAGGAAAGGCAGUGGUAAUGGUGGAGACAUCGAAGAAGAAUUUCUACAAGAAAUUCUUGUAUACUCCUUUUCCGGUAGAAUCGUGCCUCAAGGAACGGCUUUGUGAGAAUCUAAAUGCGGAAAUCGCCAAUGGAACGGUAUCUUCUCUGCUGGAUGCCACCGGAUAUCUCACUUGGACGUUCUUCGCGCGGAGAGUGAAAGCAAAUCCUUCGUACUACGGUGCCGAUUCUGGAAGUGAAGAAGAUGUUGAAGCGUUCCUGCUCUCUGUGGCCACAGAGACUGUAUCGAAGUUAAAAGACCAAGGCUGUGUGGUCAGCGAAGGCGACGAGGUGGAAGACGAUCUUCGACCCACGACUCUUGGAACUACCAGUUCCCAAUUCUACUUGAAGUACACGUCGCCGAAGCAGAUGGAAAUUGGACUACGCGAAUGCGCUCGGCUUUUGAUGGAUAGCUUGGACGAAGAAAAAGAAGUUGGCAAGACACCAAAUGUUUCGUUGCGGCCAUACUUGCCUGGUGAAAGAGUUGAUGAAGUUUCCAUUUCUUGGCUCCUCUACACAUUAUCCUUUACUCCAGAAUUCGAUGAGUUGCCAGUGCGCCACAACGAGGAGGACUUAAACGAGGGUCUGAGUGAGAAUUUGAUGUGGGGUGCGGAUACAGCCGGUGUCCAAUCUCCAGAAAGCACGUAUAUCUACCGGUCGUCCGAUGUCUACGCUGACCCGCACACCAAAGGCUUCUUGCUGAUCCAAGCGUUCCUUGAAAAAGCACAACUUCCCAUCAGUGACUAUGUAAAUGACACUCGCACAGUUAUGGAUAGCGUUCCUCGGCUUUUGGCAGCGAUGCAUUUCGUUGCAUCCAACCAAUAUGAAACCGAUGGAUAUGCUGAUGUUGUGAGUCAACUAUUCAGGACCAAACAGUUGAUCUCAACAAAGAGCACUUUGAGCAUGAAUCCAAUAUUGCAGCUGCCAGGAAUUUCGAAGAAAACAGCCGAGAAAGCAGUUAGCGAACUUGGAGAUGGUGCCUUUUGGCAUUUGAGGCAGGCUUCCAGAGCCCAAGCAGAGCAGCAUUUGAAGAAUUUCGGUCCACCAAAACAAAGGAACUACGCAUCAGCGUUGAAUAAUCUGUUAUCUUAUCCGAAAGUCACAGUUACUGAAUCAAAGAUUGCUCAUCGCGUUGACAAGGUCACGGUGAAGAGCAAGGGGACUCUGACUUUGAAGAUCCAAAUUGAUCGCAAAAAGGGAUCCCAAGACGAGCCCAUAACCCUUGGUAUUGUUGUGGCGAGCAACGCGAGUCGCAGGUUGCUGGGAUACCAAGAAGUCUCCAUCAGUAGAAAUGGAAAUUGGACAGUAGACAAGAGCAUUGACUUUGAUUGGGAAGCUGCCAGAUCCGAUGGUGGUGAAGGAAGUGGUACAGUGAUUGUCCGUUUGUUACUGGAUUCCGUCAAGGGGCUGGACUCGGAACUUUUGGUAAAGUUAGUGUAA